AUGAAGAAGUGUGUGACAUGCAGAGCACAAAUCGAACAAAUGGUACCGAUAGCUGUAUGUGCAGGAGGUCUGGGUACUAUUUCCGAAGUAGAGGCUGAUGUUGAAGAAGAAAGCAAACCAUCAACGAGUGAAAUUCCGGUGAUACAAGGGCCUAUAAUGAACAAUGGAGGACGGGAUACCAUUGGUACUAAUGAUAUACAGAAAUUGCAACAACAGUUACAAGACAUAAGGAACAGCAAAACUUCCAAGGCCUGGAUAGUAGAUGAGAAGAAGGACGAUGGAUACACUGCUCUCCACUUAGCUGCUUUAAACAACCAUGUGGAAGUAGCUGAACAGUUAGUGUUGAAUGGAAAAGCCAAUAUGGAUCUACAGAAUGUUAACUUGCAGACUGCGCUUCAUCUUGCUGUGGAAAGACAACACACUCAAAUUGUCAGGCUGUUGGUGAGGGAAGGAGCUAAUUUGAAUGUGGCUGACAAAGAUGGGGACACUCCUCUACAUGAAGCCUUACGUCACCACACUCUUUCGCAACUACGUCAGCUACAAGAUGUCCAGGAUGUGGGGAAACUGCUUAUGGGCCUGGGAACACAAGGAUCAGACAAAAAGUCAUCAGCAAGCAUAGCUUGUUUCUUGGCAGGUAAUGGAGCUGAUCUAACCAUAAAGAACAAAAAAGGACAAACACCCUUGGACUUGUGCCCGGAUCCCAACCUCUGCAAGACUCUGACCAAAUGCCACAAAGAGAAACAGAGCGGCGAAAUGGACAUGGGUUCCCACCAGAACACUCAAAACUCCAACAGUAACUCGACGUUAGAAGAGUGCUUGGUUUGUUCAGAUGCCAAGAGGGACAUUCUAUUCCAGCCUUGCAGUCACGUCACUUGUUGCUCGGCGUGUGCACCUAGAGUUAAGAAAUGUCUCAUUUGUAGAGAAUCUGUCGUCACUAGAACUAAGAUUGAAGAAUGUUUAGUGUGUUCUGACAAGAAAUCAUCAGUCCUGUUCAAACCUUGCAGCCAUAUGUGCGCAUGUGAAAGCUGCUCGCAGAUAAUGAAGAAGUGUGUGACAUGCAGAGCACAAAUCGAACAAAUGGUACCGAUAGCUGUAUGUGCAGGAGGUCUGGGUACUAUUUCCGAAGUAGAGGCUGAUGUUGAAGAAGAAAGCAAACCGUCAACGAGUGAAAUUCCGGUGAUACAAGGGCCUAUAAUGAACAAUGGAGGACGGGAUACCAUUGGUACUAAUGAUAUACAGAAAUUGCAACAACAGUUACAAGACAUUAAGGAACAGACGAUGUGCCCAGUUUGUCUCGACAGACUUAAGAAUAUGAUCUUUUUGUGUGGACAUGGACUCUGCCAGAUGUGCGGCGAUCAAAUGACUGAAUGUCCAAUCUGCAGAAAGGCGGUGGAGAAGAGGAUACUGCUUUAUUGA